AUGGGCCCAAAUAUGACAAAUGGCCGUGCACCGGCUAUCCGGACGCGCAACAGAGCUAUUUUCAGCAUUGCGGCUGUACUGGCCGGCACUUUGUUAAUGUUCCGCGCCCAAUCACCAACGAUGCGUGACGUCUUGAUAUCAGAUGAUGACAGGAAGAAGAUGAAUGGUCUUCAUCCUGGUAGUCAGACUGCUCGACCGACAGUUGUUGAGAAGAGAUAA